AUGGCCGAUUUACAAGGUCGGAAGGUCUUCAAGGUCUUCAACCAGGAUUUCGUCGUCGAUGAGCGCUACAACGUCACCAAGGAGUUGGGUCAGGGUGCCUACGGGAUCGUCUGUGCCGCCCAGAACAUUCAGACCGGCGAUGGCGUCGCUAUCAAAAAGGUCACCAAUGUCUUCAGCAAGAAGAUCUUGGCUAAGCGCGCCUUGAGAGAGAUCAAGCUCCUCCAGCACUUCCGGGGCCACCGCAACAUUACGUGCCUCUAUGAUAUGGAUAUUCCGCGACCUGACAACUUCAAUGAGACGUACUUGUAUGAAGAAUUGAUGGAGUGCGAUCUGGCUGCCAUCAUCCGUUCCGGACAGCCCUUGACCGACGCCCACUUCCAAUCCUUCGUCUACCAGAUCCUCUGCGGUCUGAAGUACAUUCACUCGGCGAAUGUCCUCCACCGAGAUCUCAAACCCGGAAACUUGCUGGUCAAUGCGGACUGUGAGCUCAAGAUCUGCGACUUCGGUCUGGCUCGUGGGUUCUCGAUCGAUCCGGAGGAGAAUGCGGGAUACAUGACCGAAUACGUCGCGACGCGGUGGUACCGGGCGCCCGAGAUCAUGUUGAGCUUCCAGAGCUACACGAAAGCCAUCGACGUGUGGUCCGUGGGCUGCAUUCUGGCCGAACUGCUCGGCGGCCGCCCCUUCUUCAAGGGCCGCGACUACGUCGAUCAGCUCAACCAGAUCCUGCACUACCUCGGCACCCCCAACGAGGAGACCCUGAGCCGCAUCGGCUCUCCCCGAGCCCAAGACUACGUGCGCAACCUUCCCUACAUGCCCAAGAUUCCCUUCCAGCGCCUCUUCCCCAACGCCAACCCCGACGCGCUCGACCUCCUCGACCGCAUGCUCGCCUUCGACCCGACCUCCCGCAUGUCCGUCGAAGACGCCCUGGAGCACCCCUACCUGCACAUCUGGCACGACGCCUCCGACGAGCCCAACUGCCCCACAACCUUCGACUUCCACUUCGAAGUCGUCGAAGACGUCGGCGAGAUGCGACGCAUGAUCUACGACGAGGUGGUCGCCUUCCGCGCCACCGUCCGCCAGCAGGCGCAGGCGCAGGCCGCCGCCCAGCAGCAGCAGAUGGCCCAGCAGACCAACGUCCCCAUCCCGGAGAACCACCAGCAGGGCGGAUGGAAGCACGAGGAGCCCAAGCCGCAGGAAGCGCUGGCCGCGAGCGGAGGACCCCCCAACGAUCUGGAAUCGUCGCUGCAGCGCGGGAUGGAUGUGCAAUAG